AUGGCCACAACACUUCACAUUGUGGAGGCCUGUCGCAAGACAACGCCUCGCCGUCGAGAUGAACCGCUUGAACAAUACUUGGCCCGCCUCACGCACCUUAACUUGAGCCAACGUCACCUCUCUGCCGUCGGGGAUAUUGCGCAUUGUCACCGACUGAUGGUGCUCUACCUCUAUCAAAACAAUCUCUCGCAGCUUCGCGGCUUGCGCAGCUGUGCCCACCUCACGCAACUUUACCUCCAGGACAAUGCCCUUGAGCGACUGGACGGCCUUUCGACCCUCACGCAUCUGACCAAACUCUACAUCGGAGGCAAUCGUCUUGUCGUGUUGGAGGGACUACAUAACUUGCACAAGCUGCGAGAGCUCCAUGCUGAACGACAAGAGCUACCGCCAGGCGAAGAGUUGAUCCUCGAUCCCCGGUCGCUGCGCACAGCUCAGCGCCAGCUCGAGGUACUCAAUCUAGAGCACAACGGCCUCACCUCCCUUCAUUCGCUGCACGGCUUUCAAAAGCUGAGGACCCUGCGACUCGGUGGAAAUCAUCUCGCCCACCUCCAUGUGCGUUUGACUCGCGCAUGA